AUGAGAUUCAUCUCAUUUGCCGUAACGGCAGCCUUGCUUGGCUUGACAAGCGCCACGAAUUCUUCAACAUCGGGUCUACUCAAGGCCAAUGGUGUAACGCUGGGAGACUGGGAGGCUGCAUAUGAAAAGGCAUCUGCCUUCGUUGCAGGACUGACUACUGAUCAGAAGCUGGCUUUGAUCACCGGUAGCAGUAUUAGCUCGUCCAAUGGCAACUUCACUGCCUUAGAGUUCCUUGAUGGGGAUAUGGGUCUUCAGAACUAUUUCUUUGUCUCUGCUUUCAGCUUGUCCUCCGCUCUGGCUAUGACUUGGGACCGCGACGCCAUCUAUGCUCAAGCCAAAGCAGUUGGGUCGGAGUUCUAUAACAAAGGCAUUCAGGUGGUUGCUGGUCCUACUUCUCAGCCAAUGGGUCGUACUCCUUGGGGUGGUCGUAAUGUCGAGGGAUUCGGCCCUGAUCCCUAUCUAAAUGGCCUGGCUACUGGCCUGUCUACCAAGGGUUAUGUCGACGCUGGAGUGAUCCCCGGUGGCAAACAUUUUCUUCUUUACGAGCAAGAAACCAACCGGACUUCCAGUGGCGGCGGCGGUGGUGGUGGUGGUGGCGGCGGCCCCGGUGGUGCAAGUGGAGGAGGAAUGCCUUCCGGGGGAAUGGGCUUUGGUGGUUCCAACUCUUCGUCACCUGGGCCUCAGCCUUCCGGUUCAUUCAGUCGGCGUGCUACUGUCUCCUCGAGCUCCGAUUCGGCACCCUAUUCCUCCAACGCAGACGACAAAACCUUGCACGAAACAUACCUCUGGCCAUUCUACGAUGCAGUGAAGAAUGGUCUUGGCGCCGUCAUGUGCGCAAUGACCAAAGUCAAUGGCACUUACAGCUGCGAAAACUCGGAUCUCCUGAUGAAGACGCUCAAGACAGAGCUUGGCUUUCCGGGUCUGGUCUGGCCCGACAUGAACGGGCAAAACAGCGCCGAAGGAUCAGCAUUAGGCGGCGAGGACUAUGGCUCGAGCAGCAUCUGGAGCACUUCUACAAUGAAGACUCUUCUGUCGAAUGGUACCCUCACCGAGGCCCGUUUGAACGACAUGACAAUUAGAAACCUUAUUGGGUAUUACCAUGUCAAUCUGGACAACGGCCUUCAACCUGCGAUGCAAGAUCAGGAUGCCUAUGUGGACGUACGAGGCAAUCAUUCCAAGCUAAUCCGCGAGAACGGAGCCAAGUCGAUGGCUUUGUUGAAGAAUGAAGGCACUCUUCCGUUGAAAAAGCCCCGUGUGAUGAGUAUUUUUGGAGCCCAUGCUGGCCCGGUCAUGGGAGGUCCGAAUGCUGCCAUGAACGUCGAAGGGUCUGGCCCGACCUACCAAGGCCAUUUGGCCACCGGCACAGGCUCUGGACAGGCAUCUGUUCCUUACGUGAUUACCCCUUACGUUGCCCUAACUAAUAGAGCUGCGCAAGAUGCAACUAUGAUGCGAUGGAUUAUGAACGAUACUUAUAGCUCCAGUGGAGAAUCCACGCUGAUUCAAGAAGGAACUGACAGUACCGCCGUGUCACCCUCCUAUGCUAAUUAUGCUACCAACUCGGAUGUCUGCCUCGUUUUCAUCAAUGCUCUGUCAGGUGAGGGUGCCGACCGCACUGAGCUGUAUAACGAGGAUCAAGACAUCAUGGUGAACACAGUUGCAGACAACUGUAAUAAUACGGUGGUUGUGGUCAACACCGUUGGGCCCCGACUGCUGGACCAGUGGAUUGAGCACGACAACGUGACGGCAGUUCUCUACGGAUCUAUUCUGGGCCAAGAGUCGGGCAACGCGAUUGUGGACCUUCUCUAUGGUGAUGUGAACCCUUCCGGCCGUCUUAUCCACACUAUCGCCAAGAACGAGAGUGAUUACAAUGUGGAGCUCUGCUACACUGCUCAAUGCAACUUUACUGAGGGAGUCUACAUUGACUACCGCUAUUUCAACGCCAAGAACGUCACUCCCAGAUACCCAUUCGGCCAUGGUCUUUCUUACACCACUUUCAAGUACUCGGAUCUCGCCAUCAAGACCCCUUCUGCCACGACCAAAGCUCCCCGAGGUAACCAUACCGUCGGUGGAAACAGUGAUCUAUGGGACGUUGUGGGAACCGUCUCUGCGCGCAUCACCAAUAAUGGCACGCUUGCAGGUGCGGAGGUUCCCCAGCUGUACCUUGGCUUCCCAGAUGCCGCAGAUCAACCUGUUCGUCAGCUCCGCGGAUUCGAGCGUGUUGAACUACGGGCAGGACAGGAGUCUCUUGUUACGUUCAACCUGCGCCGUCGCGACAUUUCAUACUGGGACGUGGCUGCUCAGCAAUGGCUUGUUGCUUCUGGGAAAUACCAGGUCUAUGUUGGAGCAAGCUCUCGCGACUUGAGAUUGACGGGAGCAUUUUCUUUGAGAGUGGAGGCUUAG